AUGGCCUCAAACCGAAUCAAUGAUGUCCCGAACAACUCGUCCGCUUUUCUUCCUGCCCCCGGAAUGAACCCUUCUGAUGGGGGGAGACCCAUCCACUUCGGAUUCUUCGGUGGCCAUCCCAUGGACGUCAACGUGGACGCUGGGUGGGAAGGGGCUACUUUACACAACGGCUUCCAUCCCAGAUUCAAAGCGGACGAGUUGACUACGAUGACUCCUGUUGCGGGAGGUGUUCGUGAUGACAACAACUCAGCUGAUGCCUCAGGCAGCGCGGCAGGUCCGGAGCGUAAACAUCCCUCAAUGACUCCAGCCGGCCAGGGCAAUGUUCGUAGUCAGAUCCUAUCCGAUAGCAAAGACGAUGACAUCAUAAGCAUCUCCUCUUAUGAAGAUGACGGCGCCAAACACUGCCAUAUCCCCGGCGACAGCACAUAUCGCGCACCGGGGGCUUCGCGUUCUCGGAUCAAGGAUGUUCCGAAUUCUGACUUUACCCGGGUCACCCGGUCCAAAGGACUCGGCUUAGACUUUGACACUUCGACUUCACAUCCCGACGUCUCGACUUUCGCUUCCAGCCAUACUCGAACCCUCGACUCCCCCAACGUCUUCAGCCGCACCGCCACCUAG